AUGUUGGACUUUCUCAAACCCAGUCAGCCGUAUUUUGGCCUUCGUGGUGGAUGGUUGACCUUUUGGGUCACCGUCGCUUGUGCCACUGACAUGAUGCUUUUUGGUUAUGACCAGGGUGUUUUUGGCGGCGUCAUCGUCACCAAAGACUUCCUCGACACCCUCGACCUCCACAAUAACGCUACCCUCCUCGGCACCGUCACAGCCAUCUACGACGUCGGCUGUCUCUUCGGCGCCAUCAUGUCCAUGAUCUGGGGUGAGAAAUGGGGCCGCAGGAACUCCGUUCUCAUCGGCACAACCAUCAUGUCCAUCGGGGCCAUCCUCCAAAUCGCCGCCUACGGCGUGCCGCAGAUGAUCGUGGGACGCAUCGUCGCCGGCCUGGGCAAUGGCAUCAACACAUCCACCGCGCCCGUCUGGCAGGGCGAGACGUCGCAGGUGAAAUGGCGAGGCAAGCUGGUCGUGAUCGAGCUGGUGCUGAACAUCGCGGGCUUCUCGCUGUCGAACUGGAUCACGUUUGCCUUUUCGUAUGUGCCUGGGCCGGCGAGCUGGCGGUUCCCGUUGGCGUUCCAGUUUGUGUUUAUCAUUGUUCUCUAUCUCACUGUGCCAUGGCUGCCGGAGUCGCCGCGUUGGCUCAUCGCCCAUGACCGGCAGGAGGAGGCGCAGACUAUCAUCGCUGAUCUGGAGGACAAGGACGUCAACGACUCGUUCAUCAUCACCCAGCACACCGAGAUUGUCGCUGCCGUGCAGUAUGAGCGUCAGCACGCUGUCUCGUGGUGGGAUCUCCUCCGUGGCAAGACAGGCGAAGAGGGCAACACCUGUGCCGUCCGUCGUCUCAUCCUGGGUGCCGGUGCUCAAGCAUUCCAACAGCUAGCAGGAAUCAACGUAACAUCCUACUACCUCCCCACCGUCCUCAUGCAAUCCGUCGGUCUAUCCGAAAUGCUCGCCCGCCUCCUCGCAGCCUGCAACUCCGUCUCCUACCUGCUGGCCGGCAUCGUCGCCAUCCCCAACAUCGAAAAAUGGGGUCGCCGCCGUCUCUUCAUGAUCUGCGCCUUCGGGCAAGGUGUCUGCUACCUCCUCAUCACCGUCCUCCUCCGCUUCAACGAAAAGGAAGACUACGGCUACAAAACCCAAGUCGCGUCCGCCUCGGUCGCCUUCUUCUUCUGCUACUACCUCUUCUUCGGAUGCGGGUUCCAGGGUAUCCCGUGGUUGCUGCCGGUGGAGCUGAACUCGCUGAGUAUGCGAACCAAAGGUGCGGCGCUGGGCACAGCGACCAACUGGGCGCUGAACUUUAUGGUGGUGGAGAUUACGCCGAUCGGCAUUGAGUCGUUGAAGUGGAAGUUUUAUAUUAUCUGGACGGUGCUGAAUUUUGCGUUUGUGCCGACGAUUUACUUCUUCUAUCCUGAGACGGCGAAUCGGGCGCUGGAGGACAUUGAUUUGUUCUUCCGGGAAAAUCAUUCGCUCUUUGUGCAUAAUAACCCCGAGGCGAUUUGUGCGCAGCGCCCGGCAAGAUAUGUCGAGAUUGAGCAGGAGCUGGUGAAUCGCAAUGCGUCGGUGUCGGAGGCGAAGAUGGAGGCUGCUGGACUGGAGGGUGUUGGGGAGCACAAGGAGGUUGUUUGA